AUGGCCGCACAUUCCGAUGUACCGUCAGACCUGGCCGAUCUGCACGAUGAUCUCAUUGGCUGGUCCCACCUCCAUUCGACCUUGGACCUCGGUCUGGAUGACCCCAUCCCACCCACGGAUCUUCUUGCUUCCUUGGGUGCACCGCCACCCCAUGCGCCUUCUCAAUCCAUGUCUGCCGUGGGCGGCCCAAGUGCCGAAGACGAGGCCGUUGGUGACAUUAUUCGAACGCUGGAAAAUGCCCUCACUGCGAGCGUCGAUGCCUUCCCCGCAGCCCCACUCCCCACGCCUUACGAAUCCACGGCCACCUCCCCAAUUUCCUCUCGCUCCCAAAGCCCCACCAUGAAACGGCGGGCGUUUGACAUGCGGCGUGAUGAAAAAGCUCUGUUUGACUCACUGGCCGCCAUUGCCGAGAGUCCCCUCGAAGAUGCUUCCGCAAGCUUGCAUCAUCCCAACCCCGCCACCGAAGCGCCCUUCGCCUCCGCCGUGAGCGUGGCUGAGACGUUUGCCGAUGAUGCUAAUCUGGCAGACACGGGUCGCAGCCGGCCUCGCAAGCCGGCCCGGCGACAUGUGCGCUCCCUCUCGACACUCGGAACCAGUGUUUCUGCUGCCACCCAACCAGCAACUCCCUUGGGCUCGCCAAACCAGGCAACCCAACGCCGGCGAAGCUCAGCUACCGGCAUGAAACGCAGCAAGUCCUGCGGAAACCUUUCGGCUUCGAAUAGCCAAGAUAGUAGCACUUCUAAGCGCGAGCUCCACAACAACAGCGAGCGCCAACGUCGCUUGGUUCGUAUUCGCUUUGCUUUGUGCAUGGGUAAUGGCGAUGACAUGGCCGCACGAGCCGCGGGAUGA